AUGCUUGAGACGGCCGGAAGCAUUCUGAUGGGAAUCUGCAAGCCCCCGAUUGCCAAGUUAUCCGACGUCGUAGGUCGAGGGGAGACGUACAUCCUCAUGGUUCUUCUCUACGUUCUUUCGUAUAUUAUCUGCGCCUCAGCAGCAUCGUUCAGCGCAUACGUCGGCGGUUGCGUUCUCUACGCCAUAGCACAGUCCGGCACUGGCAUGCUCAAUUCCGUUCUCGUUUCCGACUUCUCGAGCAUGCGAUGGAGAGGCCUUUCAUGGAAUCUGAUGUAUUUGCCCUUCUUGAUCACGGCCUGUGUGUCGGCAUUUAUCGUUAACAGCGUGGUGCACCGCAUAGGCUGGCGCUGGGGAAUCGGGAUGUUCGGCAUGCUCAUGCCUAUCAGCGCCAGCCUACUCAUCAUCAUGCUCCUUGUAUUCGAACGGCGAGCCCGAAAGACCGGGCUCAUCCUCACAGAAGGCUGUCCAAGCCUGUACGAAUUCUGCUCCCGCAUCGACCUGGGCGGCGUGGGUCUCCUCAGCGGCGGAUUCGCUAUGCUCCUUAUCCCCAUAACCAUGGCAGCGACAACAAGCCAUCAAUGGAAAACGCCCUGGAUCAACGCGCUCAUCGGCACUGGAGGACUAGCCCUAGCUCUGUUCUACCCCUACGAGAAAUACUGUGCUCGCCACCCAGUCGUGCCGGUCGAAUACUUUCAAAACCCUCCCAUCAUCAUCGGGGUACUAAUGGGCUGCAUCGACACCAUCAGCUUUAGCGCAACCCACACCUACCUAUACCCCUGGUCGAUGGUCGCGCAUAACCUCUCACCCCGAGACGCGCAGUUCCUCGUCUACACAAACGGCAUCAUGCAGUGCGUCAUCGGCAUGGUCACCGGAGUCAUCAUGUACAAGCUGCGAACCUACAAAUGGCUCGGAUUCGCCGGCUCCCUGAUCCGUCUCGUGGGGUACGCAGUCAUGAUUCGAUUCCGGACCAACACAAGCUCGCUGGCGGAGCUGUUCAUCGUGCAGAUCAUACAGGGGCUAGGGAGUGGUGUUAUCGAGACGGUGAUUAUUGUCGCGGCGCAGAUUGUCGUUCCGCAGGCUCAGCUGGCGCAGGUGACUUCGUUGGUUCUUUUGGGGAACUUUCUGGGUUACGCCAUUGGUUCUUCUGUCGCUGGUGCGAUAUAUACGGGGACACUGACGGAGAGGCUGAAGGUGAGGCUUGGAAGUGACUGGGGGGUUGAUUCUUUGCGGGGCUCGAUUACGGGGACGUUGCCUACUUGGGGCACGAACGAGAGGAACGCUGUUAACCAGGCUGUAAGCUUUCUUUCUUCCAGGCUUGAGAUUCGUGCUGAUGAUGCGAUGUGGCAGUACUCCGAUGUGAUAGGGUACAUCACUUACGCUGCUAUGGCCAUGUGCAUCCCGGUCAUCGUUCUGGCCCUGUUAAUGCCCGAUGAAAGACUCGGCGACGGCCCUACUCUCCACGAAAUCCGCGAAUCACCGAAUCCAACUCUCGAAACGGAGAUACAGGCCGAUAGAACGGGUACAAGGCAGCGUAAAGCUGGCUUUCUGUCCCCAAUUGGACCAUGUCCUCAGCGUGAACUUGAAAGAAGAACCGGGUUAACUCAAAGACCAACCCUCGAUCACCAUGCUCAGUGGAGUAUCCAGAAAAAAAGUGCUCUGCAGACUGAAAUCUAUGCUUGA